AUGAAAUAGAUUUAAAAGAGAAAAAAUAAAUCAAAGCAAUAACAAAAGGUUAAGCUUGAUUCAUCUUAAAUAAUCAAGCUGAUGACAGCCUAAAAAUAAAAAUAAGAAAAGGGCUCUAAAAAUUUUUGCAACCUAAUUGGUAUGAGCUUUAUUAAAAUUCCAAUAUAUAAAUUUUCACCAGAAAUAAAUCAGUAUCUCUAAAAAUACAAUAAAGAAAGUAAUUAUGUAUAUUAUUUUUCAAAGCAACUGUAAGUUUUAUAUAAUGUAAUCUUACAACUCUAGAAGGACUCAAUUUUGAUGGCACUUAAGUUAAAUAUUUGAGAGUAGAUUACAACAGUUUGAAAGGAGACUCAUUAUAAUUUAUUGCAUAACAUUUCCCUAAUUUAAUUACUUUAAAUCUUAAACAUAACUAAAUAGCAAAUUUAGAAGUAUGUCUAAUAUAUAUUUUUAGGAUUUAGUGCAUUUAAAACAUCUGAAAAAUUUAGAAGAUUUAAAUCUAUCAUUUAAUCCAGUUAAAAAGUAUUAAGAUUAUAAAACAACUAUUUUUUAACAUUUACCUUAAUUAUCAAAUUUGGAUAAUGAAAUGGAUACUGAUGAUUCAAUGGCAGACACAAGUGAAGAUUUGAUUGUAAAAUUUUAAUAUAAAUAGUAGCUUUAAAGUUCAGAGGAUGAGGAAAGUGAAGCUAGCUUUGAUGAUUACGAGGAAAGCAGUGAAGAAGAUAAAAAACAAAAAAAUAAAAGAAAAAAAGUUAAGAAAUGA